AUGGACAAUAGAGAAAGGGAGGAUACAAUACAUAAGGGAAAAUGUAGGAAUAUAGUAGAUAGAAUAAUUGAAUCAAUAAGGUACAGACAACAACCAAAAAUGAAGGAAAAAGGAUUGAGAAUAAUAAUUGUAGUAAUUGUAAGGGAUUGUAUUGAAGGAAACUUGGAAAAUGAAGUAUUUGAUCGAUUAAUAGGAUGUCCAGAAAUAAUGGAACAUGGAUAUAUUUUAGAAGAUUGGGAUGUUGAAAAUAGAUUUCAAAAAUUUUGGGAAUGGUAUAACACAAUAUUAGAAAAUGAUACGAAAGUAAAGCAUGUACAACCAAAUGCAAUAGUAGAAUUUAGAAAGUUGUUAUACAUGGAAGAAAGAAUAGCUGAAUUAGGAGGAUAUGAAAUGUUUGCCUUAAUACAAGAUAUGGAAUACGAAGAACCUGAGUUAUCACUAGAGGAAUAUAAACGGAGGUUGGGUAAAUAUAAACAAAAGACAAUACAAAGAUUUAUUGACACCAAACAAUUUACAAGGGAACCUGAUGACCCAGAUAGUGUUAGUCCUGAAAGUUAUGAAUUAGAGGACAGUGAUGGUAGUAUACAUUAUGAAAUAAAAAUAGAGGAUGAUGUCGAAUGGACAGUUGAAUCAUUAAAAAGAAAAAUUGAAGAAAUGGGUGGAAGGUUCACUGACAAUGAUAUACAAAGAAUGUGGGACCUAAGGAUAAGGAUAGAAUUGAUAUUAACAGAGGACUUUUUAGGUACAUUUUUCGAAUUAAUGGGACUAAGUGAUAAAAAAUUAAAAGAUGAAAUAAAUGAAUGGUUGACAAAAGAAACAUUAAUAUGUGGAAAUUGUAGAAAUAGAAAGUUACCUGAUAUGAUAGCAGACAUUGGACAAUGUAAAAAUUGUGAACAAGAAGUAUUAUUAGAAUUAAAGGACGACUUAGAAAAACUAGGGUACGAAUUAAAUGUGUCAGAAAUAGGGAGAAUAAGAGAAUUCAGGAUAAGCAAUAGUAUAAUAUUAACAACGGAAUUUAUGGAAAAAUAUCUCCAGGAAAUUGAUACGAAUGACAAAGAAUUAAGGAUAAAAUUAUAUGAAUGGAUAAAUGAAAAUACCACAUUUUGUUAUGAAUGUGGAAUAAGAUGGAUAAACAAUAAAUUUGACGAAGGAAAAACCAAGUGUAGGGAUUGUGAAAAUGACGAAAAUGAAAUUAAUAUCAGGGUUAAAAGAUUAAAACAAAUAUGUGAUGAUAAUAAAAUAGGAAUAACUAAUGGAGAGUUAUUGAGGUUAAUCAGCGAAUAUUAG